UGCAUAAAACAACAACAACAUGGUUGCUGAAGGACUGCAGGGAAAUGGGGGCAGAAAGUGUGCUUCAACCCUCUCACUGACUAACAGCCUCUAACAAGAUUGCAGCUGAUUGGAUUGGAGGAUGUCUUGUGACAACGCAAAAAGGUUUCUCCCAAGAGACAAAGAAGGACACAGACAGACAGACAGAUCGCAGGGUUAUGGGACGUGUCUGGGUUUUGGCUGGUCCGCUCCCUCACGUGAAUAUCCUUUGAUAAAAGCAGUGGCUUUGCAGCUCUGCCCGUUUAGGUGAACCUCCACACCAGUCUCAAGUCACUGGCAAUCGCUAACAGAUUUACUGUCAGUGUCGCCAAGUCUUCCCAUCAACUUUGACAAGUCUCCUCUUGCCACUCGUCCGUAAACGCUGGAGGUGUGGAGGGAAAGACACAAUCGCUCAGCCUGUCAAUGGCCAGGAGCAUGACCGAGCAGCAGGAGCAGGGCGAAGUAACAGGCCUCCUCUCCACACACGACCUGGACCCCUCCAAAGACGACGACGCACACGGCCACUUCAGGUUUCAGCUGAUCGAAGACCUUUCUUAUGAAGAUGUGAAGAAAUGCUACAGGGGCUCGUGUGUGUCUUGCAGCGGUUUGCUCCAGGCCUUGGAUGUGCGAGAGUGUGUAUGUGAGUACGGUGCCAACGUGCUGAGCCUGGUGCAGAGCUCUCGUCCUCUGUGGGAGAGGGUGGUGUCUGCGCCGAGCGGAGCCGGAGGCGGCGGCGGCGGUGAAGGUGGAGGGGUCAACAGCGCUGGCGCUGUGCGGGCAGGCCGGUCCGCCAAGGAGCUGCUCAUGACUCUGCCCUGUCCCUCUGCACAGACUGUCAGCAAGUACAACUCGCAGUACCACAAACUGUUCCCAUGCGUGCCCAAGGAUGAGAUCCUCAUGAAAGUGUACUCCUGUGCUCUUCUUAGAGACAUCCUCCUGCAGGGCCGCCUCUACAUCUCCAGAAACUGGCUGUGUUUCUAUGCCAACCUCUUCGGCAAGGACAUCAAGGUGGCCAUCCCUGUCGUUACUGUGCGACUUGUGAAGAAGCAUAAGACGGCCGGCCUGGUGCCCAACGGCUUGGCCAUCACAACGGACACCAACCAGAAGUAUGUUUUUGUCUCCCUGCUAUCAAGAGACAGUGUGUAUGAUGUCCUUCGCAGGAUCUGCACACACUUACAGGUCAAUGGGAAGAGCCUGAGCUUAAAGCAGUUCAUGGAAGAGCCGGCCUUAUCGCUGGAUGAGUUCCCGGCUCCGGAUGAGUUCCCAGUGGUCGACGAGUUCCCGUCGGUGUUAAAAUGGAGACGGAAACCGUCUGUGGUGUCCGUGUCCUCGUCCCUUCCCGACCUGCUGGGCAGCUCCACCAGCGGCCGGGGAGCAGCAGACACACUAUUCAAGACGGAGCCGCCACUGGAAGAAAGAGGUCUGCAGACAGACAGAGGUCUUUUAUCAGAGCCGGUGGCAGAGUUGGGUCAGAUGGAGUACCAGCUGCUCAAGUUCUUCACCCUGCUAAUAAUCCUCCUCAUCCUCUCGUCGUGCUAUCUGGCCUUUCGUGUGUGCAGUCUGGAGCAGCAGCUCUCCUUCCUCAGUAACCCAAAUCUGCCCCUCAGAGAGAGGUAACCUCUGCCCUCCACUUUAAACCCUCUCUCUUCACGCUUGGAGCCAGUGAUGCCCCAUCCCUCCACCCCAGCACAGAUCCAGGAUCAGAACAAACCCUCCAACCCCCCCGGCUGCAUCAUCAAGGUUCCAGGCACCUAUAAGGUCCGGGAUGACCACCCAACCCAAGAUCACUUCCAGACUAUGCAAACAGACUGUAUAUUUAUUUCUAAAUAGAACGUAGAUUUUGUUAUAGAUUGUUGGCAGUUCAUAUCGCAGAUGUGCUUCGGUGUGAAAAGUGUGGGGGGGGAAAUGCUGCCGAAUCCUCACCACUCUGUCGUGCAGAGGGAUGAUAAAGAGUUGAUGAUUGAGGAUAAAAAAAUUAGAUGCAAGUAAGAAGGGUGAGUCGUUUGUUUAUAUCACAUCAAGAUAUUUUUGACUAAUUGAGCAAACUAGUUUAAUUUUAGAGGGAAAGUUAAAACUAGCAAUAACGUUGCACUUUUUCUUGUAAAGAUGAAGUCCGAAUCGUUUCAGCCACAUGUCACAUAAAGUGUUUUUUGCUUCAGUAAAAGGUACUCGGUUGUCAUCUUAAAGGUAUUCACAGAAGGUCAUGUGAGCAGAGAGGCUUCACUUGUUUCCAGUGAAACAGAGCAAUAAAAGCUUUAGAUAAAGAGUGGAGUGAUUAGAGGAAAUUUUAUGUUUUUCAUCACAAUUAUGAAUAUCUGUGUAAAAAAAAGUUGCUUGGAUUCUUUUACUCAAACAUUUCAAAUGAAGAUGUUAGUCUUUAAGACUCAGAGUGUUUGUAUUAUGAUGUUUGUCUGAGGAUAUUUGAUGGAUUUUUUAUGGAUGAUGAUGUAUUUCUGGAGGCUUUUGAAUUAAACCUGCAACUAUUUUAAAAUGA